AUGGUGGUGGCCGACGCCAGCGGAGGAGAAGAGGGGGCGAGGAUCUCCCCGAAGGGAUGCCAAGGAGAGGAGGAGGCGGAGGAGCAGCUGUGCCGCAUCUGCCGCCUCCCCGCCGAGGCGGAGCGCCCCCUGCGGAGCCCAUGCGCCUGCCGCGGCAGCAUCAGGUUCGUCCACGACGAGUGCCAGCUCCGGUGGAUCGCCGCCCGCGGAAAACCCCUAUGCGAGGUAUGCAACUGCGGCAUCACAACCCGGCUUCUCUACGCUGCGGACGCCCCCGCGAGGCUGCCCGUGUCCGAGUUCAUGGUGGGGGCGUCCGACAAGCUCACGGGUCUGUUGCUGCUGCUCGUCUUCGCCGUAUGCGUUGCGCCGGAAUUUUCCGUUCACCUCACCGCCGUCUGGGCUUGGCGCCUCGCGCUCGCCAGAUCCUUUGCUCAAGCACGCUGUUUGCUCUCCCUCCGCCUUUCUACCGCCUCCGCCCUCGCGAUAUUUGCGCUCUGCGUUGCAUUUGCGCGCCGGUUUGCUCCAUUUGCUGUAGCUCCAUUUGCGCGAUGGGUUGCGCGCCUAGAGACUCGACGUCAAGGGUUUCGUGGAUUUGAUGGCUUGCAAGUCCUUGCGCUACUUGCCGUUGAAGCAUUCUUGAUGGUGGUAAUAUUUGACAUGGCUCUUGCUUGUGUUUUGGUUUUUAUCCCAUUCUCACUGGGAAGGAUAAUCCACUGGUGCAUAUCAUCUUCCAGUUUUUCCAAUGUGGGUGGAGUCAACUCCUACACUUCAACAGGAUCUGCCCUUCUAAUUGGAUAUGGACUCAUCAUUUCUGUGGGUGUCACUUGUCCUGGGCUGAACACUCUUUGGCAAUACUUUACGGGGGAGCGCCUUAUGAUUGCAAAUUUCGUUAGAAGGCUCCAUGCUAGAUUCCUCAGAGAGACCGCAGGUUUUACCACUCUUGCAAGUAUUCUCCUGAGCGCAUUUAUAAUGUACCCGUUGUUCUUUGGCUGGCUGCUUGAUAUCUUCACUUCAAAAAUGUUUGGUGCAACAAUGUCUCAAAGGUUGGAACUUCUGUUCGCUCCGUCUUUUGCUUCAGCUUCUCUUCAUUGUUUUAUUGGACACAUCUUUUUGAAUCUACGUCUCUGGUUGUCCGUAACUCUUCACAAGAUAUUGAGGCUGGGAGUUGCCUGUCCCUGUUGCCACAUCCACCGUAACCAUAUUCAGGAGCCAUUCCACAAAUUUUAUUUUAAGCGUGCUCUUCUGUAUGACGUUAUCUUUAUGGCCGUAGUAAUUUUUGUUCCUGUUCAAAUUGCUGGCCAAUUGGCACCGGCGCUGUUCCCAUUAGAUAUCAAUUGUGCUGCUGAAGGCUUAUCAUUAUGGCAAGCACCACGAAACUAUGCCGAUCCAAUUUCUCGUGUUUUCAUUGUGUGGUUUCUCAUGAAGGGCACUUCUACAGUCACAUACCUUGAGUCGCUAGUGAAGAAGUCUAUCGUCAUUCCCUUCCUGAAUGGGUUGCUGGUUGAUUUAUUUCUAAUAUCACCAUUCGUUGGGCCUGCUGACGACGUUUCAUUAUCCUACAUUUGGGCCCUUGGGUUUCUUUUUAUGAGAAUCUGGCUAAAGCUGGUUCAGCAGAUAAGGGCCAGACCCGUCCUUGCCUAUAUCAUUGAUGAAAGGUGGGUUCCGUCGAUUGUUCGGUGGAAGGCCGAUUGUCUUUCUUGGGAGAUAUCAAUGUUCUGGUUCUUGCAAGAAAUCUUCGUGCCUAUUGCCACGAGGCUACUCGCUGCUCUAGGCGUCCCUUAUGUGCUCGCCAAGGGUGUCUUCCCAAGAUUUGGCUACUCCGCUGCUGUGAACUCAGCAGUCUAUCGCUUCGCAUGGCUGGGCAGCCUCGGCUCCUGUGAGCUCUGCUAUCUCUUCAAGGUGUUGUGUGUCAAACUCCAUGAUUCGAUCAGGGACGAGCGCUAUGUCAUCGGGAAGAGGUUGGAAGAUGUCCCCGACAAUAGUUGAAGGCCCGACUCUUCCCGGAGAAUUCUGUUUCCAAUAGUUUUGUGCGGACAUGGAUAUGGUGAUAGUAAUAAUUAAUUUAGACAUAGUAAAUGAAAUAAUGAAUUUAC